CAGGGCCUAAACGAAAUUACAGAAGUUAGUGAAGGUGUUUGAGGAGCUCUACAGCAGGUCGUUGUUUCUGCACUGGGAUCUAUUAGUAAUGCCCCGAAAAGAUUAACACUUUUGCACACAAAGCAAUUUGAUCAGCCCGGCCUUAUCACUACGUUCGUCUUGUUAACUGUUUAUUUUGACAGAGAGCCGCCCGCGAGCGAGCGAGUGUUAUUGUUGCGCCUCUCUUCGAUUUUUCAACGGACUCGAGAGAGAAAUUUGGAUGUUCGGGCUGUUCCAGAGCAGGGGGCUGCACUGAGACGCAAUAGCACGACUCGAUUCACACGGAGCGUAUAUGGCAAACAAUGGCACACUAUUAGGGCGAAAUACCUGGUUAUUUUCGGCUUAAUUAUAUUGGCAGCAGAGCUAGCGCCGAAUCGAACUGUUAUUUUGUGUGCGAGGUGUGUGUGUGUGUGGGUGAAUAGCAACGGCCUGGAAGAAGAAGCACUACCCGGAGCAGAGACGACAACCCUGGUCGCAAAACAGCUGUUGCGCUUGCAAAGAAGUUCUUGAAUUAUUACAAUUUCAUUUAAGAAGAUUCAAGUAAUCACUUGCAAUGGCUGCCAAUAUAGCCGCAGCGGUUGCGGUGCCCCAGGAAGUCGAUCCCGUGCUGAAGAAAGCCAUCAAGCUGCUGCACUCCAGCAAUUCGACGUCUGCAGCCGAACUUCGCCUGUUGCUGGACGAGGCACUGAGGGCGAGGUACGGCCCGGAGAAGAGCAUAACGCACAACAUGACCCAGCGCAUGAUGGACGAUGAGAUGAGUUUUCCCGGUCGUGCGCCCACCCCGCCGCAGCCCAUCAACACGGAUGAGAUCAUCAAUCUGACCAAUUCGCCGGACAAGGAUCCCUCGGACUCCGUGGACACCAUUAUCGAUUCGGACGAGUGCCUCAGUGCGGCGGGCAUUGUCAACACGGGCGACACUGGCGAUUUUGGCGAUUUGAAUUGCUGUGUCUGCGGCGAGAUGAUGUUCACGGCCACCAACCGGUUGGUUGAGUGCUCCAAAUGCGGGGCGAUGUACCAUCAGGAGUGCCACAAGCCGCCCAUCACCAAGGAGGAGGCGGCCGACGAUCAGGAGCAGACCUGGCAAUGCGACACCUGUUGUAACAAGCCCACAAGCAGUCGGUCAGUGGUCCCUGCGGCGGCGGCGACGUCACUCCCGCCAUCAAUCUUCAUAGCCGACGAUCCAAUGCCGCUGGCAGCCAGCAAGACGAGCAAAACCGCAUCGGGCGCAUCCUCACGAUCCUCGACAUCCUCCAACUCGUCCUCGCCCUUCUACAGGCCAGAGCCGAGCAGCUCGACCAAUGCGAGCAGCAGCAGUAGCAGCAAACAAGGUCACAAGUCAUCAUCAUCGUCCUCCUCCAAGUCGCACAAAGAGGAGCGAGCCAGCAAGUCGGUGGUGGCCCCCUCAUUGACGGCCAUUAGUGGUGUGGAGAAGCAUGCCAGUGGGCCCUCCUCAUCUACAUCGCGACGGAGCAGCUCGAACACGAAAUCCAGUUCGAGCAAGAGCAGCUCCUCCUCCAAGCACCACGAAAGCAACAGCGGCAGCGGCAGCAAGCGAAGAUCAAAGCAAUGACGAAACUACUACUAUUGAAUGGUUCUCCCCACACCCAUUCAAUAGUCCAUGAUUUACAUUCAUUUAGUUUUAGGCUAACACAUAGAUAACAUAAGUAACAAAUUUAAAUACGAAUUCCUGGAAAAUA